AUGGCCCGAAGUUACCGCCUCGUCCGGAAUUUCUCACGGCGACUGAAAUAUCCCAUAAGCAAUGAUCAGAUUCGAAAGAUCAAGUUCUACCUUCCACCUGUAAAUUUCAUCUCUAUCCACUACAUCUACAUCAUCACCACCUCUCUCAUCGCCUCCAUCAUCUUCUGGGGCUCUUCAAGCCCCUCAAGAUCGAUCACAUACACCGACUCACUCUACACCACUGUAUCUUCCAUGACGGUCACGGGGCUCACCACCCUAGACCUCAACCAACUGACCACGUUCCAGCAGAUCCUUCUCGGGUUCCUCAUGAUGAUUGGGAGUACGAUAUUCGUUACUCUCGGGACGGUGUCGAUCCGGAAGAGGGCCUUUGAGAAAAGAUUUCGGGAAUUACCAGACCAGGAGUUGAUAGAGGAGCCCGGGGAUAUGCGAGAUAUGCAACGCUCUAGAACGCGUCAUCAGACUUCUCUGCCCUCGAACAGAGACCUCGAGGCAGAGAAACCCAUAGAACAUGCCGGAGAGCAGGACGAUAGGAGAGGUGGGCGUGAAUCCAUCUCGCGCCAUUACGGCCCAGGGAUGGGGUUCAGAAGCAACGACGAUGCCAAUGGGAUGGAGAACUACACGGGGACUAGCGUCACUCAAAACCAGGACCAUAUCAUACAAUAUGCCCCUUCGCCAUCAUCACAAUCCAAGCCUCGCUGCCGCUUUCUGAAAUUUGCUGGUGUAGGGGCGCACCCCUACUCCACUGCCUACCGCCCUCAUAUCCCGAACCAGCUCGCCCAUCGUCAAAGAGGACGUACUCACAAUGGCUCUCAGAGUGGCACUCAUGGAGCUUCUCAACCUUCACAUUUCCCCACAUAUCUCACUAAAUACACGACCGGACGAAACGCACAAUUCCACGCACUGUCAGGGGCAGAAAGAGAGCAUCUAGCUGGCAUGGAAUAUCGAGCUACAGUAAUGCUGGUUUACGUUGUAGCGGUCUACUUCGUGGCAUGGCAAGUCUUUGGCGCUAUUAGCCUUGGAGCAUAUAUGGCACAUAACAAUGCUAGUUUAGCGGCGGACAAUGGGAUCAAUCCUUGGUGGAUGGGCAUAUUUUUCGGUGUGUCCGCGUUUAAUAGUGGUGGCUUGUCGUUACUCCCUACUGAACUGAUACCAUUUCAAAAUUCGAUAUUUACUUUGAUCGUAGUCUCUGUGGUAACCUUAGCUGGUAAUACUGCCUAUCCAAUCCUCCUCCGUCUCAUCUUGUGGACGAUGUUGAAACUCCUUUAUCUUAUCUGCCCAUCCGACACCCAACAAAGCCAGCACAAAGCCACCCUCCGCUUCCUACUCCGCUACCCACGGCGGGUAUAUUCAAUUCUCUUCCCAAGCCGGCCAAGCUGGUGGCUACUCUUCAUGAUCAUAUGCCUCACCAGCAUCGACUGGGUGGCUUUCGAACUUCUCAACAUCGGCAACCCAGUCGUAACCCGAAUCCCCGUGGGCAUUCGGGUACUAGACGGGCUCUUUCAAGCAAUCGCCGUGCCUACAUCUGGCCAAUACGUUAUUGAUAUAUCAUCCCUCCGCAUCGGCUUGCAGGUCCUGUACGCCAUAAUGAUGUACAUCUCUGCAUACCCGGUAGUAAUAACGAUGCGGCAUUCAAAUGUCUACGAAGAACGCUCCCUCGGUCUCUACGGCAAUGAUUCUUCCUCUUCCCUAGAUACCAACGAGGACGGCUACAAAUUCCCCACCCAUCCAACAACUCCAAACAGCACAACCGACCACGGCCACCGUGGCACCGGCCUCGACUUCGUCUACCACCAAAUCCGCCACCAACUCGCCCACGACAUCUGGUGGAUAAUAGCACCCAUCUUCCUAAUAUCCUGCAUCGAAGUAUCCAACUACGACCGCGACCCACUAACCUACUCCGUCUUCAACAUCGCCUUCGAGGUUAUCGCCGCCUACACCGUCGCAGGCCUCACCACGGGCCUGCCGAAUCAACAGUAUAGCUUUAGUGGCGAUUGGCAUACGGUUAGCAAACUUAUUAUGUGUGCCGUUAUGGUCAGGGGGCGGCAUAGGGGACUGCCUACUGCGAUUGAUCCCGCGGUUAGUUUGCAAGGGCAGAGGGAGCGGUUGGGGGCUAGGGAAGAAGAGGAUUUUAGGCUAAGGGGGAGAAAACUACAUCUUGGUAAAAGGAGACCGAGUCCUGGGAGUGCGGUUUAA